AGAUACUAAGGCAGUCAGAGAGGAACCGCCGACUGAUCACAUCCAGCCACCCAGAGCACCGUACACACUCACAAAAAGAAAGAGAGAGACGAGACGCGCGCCAGCCGAAGACAUCACCGCACAGUCCAUGGCUGCUACACUACUAGGGGAGGAACCUCGCCUGGGCAGCACUCCGCUGGCCAUGUUGGCCGCCACCUGCAGCAGAAUCGGUGAGCCCGGCCCGUCCUGUUCCCCUGCCCUUUCCGACGGAGCUCCAGGACUCAUCAAGGGGUUUCACCCGUGGAGAAGGGGCGCGCAGGGCACCAGCAGCUUGGGUACCUGCUUCACAUCGCUCGGAGUGUCAUCCGGGGCCUCCCGGAGUUGCGGGACGGGACUGGCGGAGGCCUCGAGCGCUUUUUCGAUGACAGCUGCCAACUCUCCCAUGGGAAAUGAUUUUUCAGUGUACCAAACCGCCGUGCCGUCGGACGAUUCCGGACACACACAGCGGCCCGUGUUUCUGACCAAAUACCCCUCGUCAGUGGAAAGCAUUGCGGGGAUUUAUCCGAGGAUGCAUGCUCACCCCUAUGAUUCGUGGUUCAAGCCGGUGGGAGAAGUUAGUAACGGGUCUCCUGCUUGGUGGGACAUGGGGAGCUGGGUGGAUGCACAGAGCCCAGCCGGGUUACCUUCCCCUCUGAGCAGCUACAACAAUGACUACAGCUCCGCUUUCAACCACGGCGGCUCUCAGCACCUGCUCCCCGCCUCGCAGCACCUGUUUGACGGCUUCAGACCGCAUGUCCCGACACAUUACGCCGAGACUACGGCGACGGCGGCACCUGCACCGACGGGAACCCCUGCCAUUUCAUUGCCCGCAUCUUCCCGCUCCUCCUCACGACGUUACUCGGGUAGAGCCACGUGCGACUGUCCGAACUGCCAGGAGGCAGAGAGCCUCGGUCAGGGGGGCACGAGUCCCAGGCGGAGGGGCUUGCACAGCUGCCACAUCCCUGGCUGUGGCAAAGUUUACGGCAAAACCUCUCAUCUGAAGGCCCACCUGCGCUGGCACACCGGGGAGCGGCCGUUUGUCUGCAACUGGCUCUUCUGCGGGAAGCGCUUCACGCGCUCCGACGAGCUCCAGCGGCACCUGCGCACGCACACCGGGGAGAAGCGAUUCGAGUGCUCGGUUUGCCGCAAGCGAUUCAUGCGCUCCGACCACCUCAGCAAGCACGUGAGAACGCACAGCGCGGAGGAAGGCGCGGAGCCGGGGCUCGGUAAGGGGAGCAGCGACACGGACAAUAGCGUCCCCGGGAGCCCGAGCCAGUCCCCCGGACUGAGCCGCGAGGGACAGAGAGCGGUGGAUUAGUUUACAGAGCAACACGUGAGCAUUCGAUCACACUGUACCAGCAUGACUUUUCUUGGACACUUAAAAACUGAAAUUGCACUUUAUGGUUAACUUCAGUUGUGGAUGAACACUGUCUGCUUACCUCAUCUGUUAUUUGUAGCCCUCUUUUAAAUAUUUGUACUCAACCGUUUAUCAACACUUGUUGACGGCAUAUCAAAUGCGUCUAAUUUAUUUACAAAAAAAUAUUAUUUUUUAAUUGAUAGCCUUACACAAUUAUUCUGGGGCCUCCCUCAAAACCAUCACAUAAAUGGAUAUAUUUAAGGCUAUGUUGUUAUGUUAUCUUCGAGCAUACUUUGUUAAACUACGUUUUUAAAUAUAAUUUAUCUGUACUUGUAAGCCGUGAUUAUCACUGGUAUCAAUAAAACAGGACCAUUUUGGAUUUGUCAUCUCUG